CCAUUCCGCCAUGUUUACAGUGCUUUUCAGCCUACAGCGCGCGAUGGCAGCAGUGUAUCGGGAAAGUGGGGAACAGUCAUGAUCUAUUUUCGGUCAACAGUUCGUCAAGAAUCAAAGCGCAUAGUCACCGGAACGCCCAACUUCAUGUAGAAUUAGGAACCCCUCGGCUAGAAAACGUGCAUGAUUUCACGACAGAAGGUCCGGAUCAGUGAAAAUCGGCGAGCGAAAUGGGCGACGAAGUGACGAGUAAGACGUCGAACAUGUCGAACGCUGGCAGCACCGUGCCGUGUUUCUCGAUCCAGAUCGGGUUCGUGCGGGAGACGUUCUCCAUACCGGACGAAGCCGGGGAAAGAAGAUCGGCCAUAAUAAAAGAGAAAGUCAACGAUAUGGUCAGGAAAAGAUUUCCAGAACAUGACUUCUACGGAGUCUAUGACAAGAUUCUGCUAUUCAAGCAUACCCCGGGCGAAUCCUACGUCUUACAGCCAAUCACAUAUGCCAGUGAGAUUCCAGAUGGCUCAUUGGUGGAGGCUGUUCUAUCUGUUUUUGGUGAAGCAUUUGAAGCUACAGCUACCGUUGAGGACAGACAGAUCAGACCUCACACGCUCUAUGUACACUCCUACAAGAGUCCAACAUUCUGUGACUUCUGUGGACAGAUGCUGUUUGGUCUGGUCAGGCAAGGCCUCAAAUGUCACGGUUGCGGCGGCAACUACCAUAAACGCUGUGCAUUUAAGAUCCCCAAUGACUGUACGCUAUCCAAGCGACGGCCCUCCUCAAUCGCUUACAGCUCAGCCAGCUUACCGUGGUCCACCUCCGAGAUGAGCCUGGCCAGCGAUACCAGUGAUCCAAUGUCUAUGCUGUUGUCCAAAGCAGACAGCUAUUCUAAGCGUUCACCGUCCUGCGGAGGGCGCCCUCUAUGGGUGGAGAAGGCCGUCGCGAGCCGCAUCAAGGUGCCGCACACGUUCGUGGUGCACAGCUACACCAAACCGACGAUAUGCCAGUACUGUAGGAAGCUCUUAGUGGGGCUGUUUAGGCAAGGAAUUCAAUGCAAAGAUUGCAAGUUCAACUGUCACAAACGCUGUGCUGAGAAAGUGCCCAAGGAUUGUCUAGGUGAAGCGCCACUUCAUGAACGCGAGAGUGAAGACCAAGAGAAGCUGAACGAGAGCGAUGAGAAUGAGCCUGAAGAGAACGACGCCUCCACCAAUCGGGACAGCCUAGGAGACACCCAGGACGAGGAUGUAGGACCAGAGGCUGAUUCUCCACCAGGCCCUGAUAACCCUCUCAGCCCUGUACAGAGCAACAACAUUCCGCUGAUGCGUAUCGUUCAGUCAGUCAAGCACACCAAGAGGAGAAGCUCCCAGGUGCUGAAGGAAGGCUGGAUGGUGCACUGUACGGACAAAGACAGCAUGCGCAAGCGACACUUCUGGAGGAUAGACACAAAGUCCAUCACGUUGUAUCAGAGCGACAGUAGCACACGGUACUACAAGGAGAUCCCGCUAUCUGAGAUUCUGGCCGUCAAGACCGGCUCCAGCGACGAAGAGAAAUCCAGCCACUGCUUCGAGAUCAAGACGGCCCGCACGAUCUACUUCGUCGGCGAGAAGAAGGAGGUUGCCAUGGCGACGCUGACCGUGGACGGGGAGGAGUCGCCGACGGAGAGCGGCAUCGGCAUAGAGGUGGCCAAAAUCUGGGAGAAGAAGAUCCGACAGGCGUUGAUGCCCGUCACGCCACAGCAGAGCACCACGAGUGUCACCAGCAGCUCCAGUCCAAUGGAGGUAUCAUCAGGGGAGUGUACGUGCAACAGCCGGCCAGCCCACUGUCACGCCCACCACACCCACCACGCCUCCUCCGCUACCUCCACCAACUCCUCCUCCAUUCCUCACAAUGUGUCUUACGCCGCCGCGUCGACGGGCGUCGGCACGGUGGGGCCCAGCAUCCCACACCAUCACCGCUACAUGGUCAUGCAUCAGCUCUCCCCUCCAGAGGAGUCACCGGGUGCGGUCAGCCAGCCGACCCCGCCCAAACGGGCGGGGUCGGCCGCCAACAAACCCACGGAGAAGUACAAAGGGUACACGCCCCAUAAACGAACCAGUGAAGGCAGCUAUACAGCAAUUGGUUCUGGUGCUACAAACGAGAACGGCGAACACUUGAUCCUGGACGAAACGGUCCGACAUGAGAAGAACGACAUCAGCCAACACUACCAGAUAUUUCCUGAUGAAAUUCUUGGAUCGGGACAGUUUGGAAUUGUCUAUGGAGGUGUUCAUCGUACUUCUGCCAGACAGGUUGCAAUUAAAGUGAUUGACAAGUUACGCUUUCCUACAAAGCAGGAGACGCAACUCAAAAACGAAGUCUCAAUUCUACAUAAAGUCCGGCAUCAUGGCGUGGUGAACCUGGAGCGGAUGUUUGAGACGCCGGAGCGUGUCUUCGUCGUCAUGGAGAAGUUGAAAGGAGACAUGUUGGAGAUGAUCCUGUCCAGCGUCAACGGUCGCCUAGAUGAACGUGUCACCCGCUUCCUUAUCUCACAGAUUUUGAUUGCACUGAAAUACCUUCACAUCAAGAAUGUGGUCCACUGUGACCUUAAACCAGAAAAUGUUCUUCUCUCUUCGGAGGGGGACUUCCCACAGGUCAAACUAUGUGACUUUGGUUUUGCCCGAAUCAUCGGGGAGAAAUCUUUCCGUCGGUCGGUUGUUGGGACGCCAGCUUAUCUUGCCCCUGAGGUGCUACGCAGUAAAGGCUACAAUCGAUCCUUGGAUAUGUGGUCUGUUGGCGUCAUUAUUUACGUCAGUUUAAGCGGGACGUUUCCUUUCAACGAAGACGAGGAAAUCACUGAUCAAAUUCACAAUGCAGCGUUUAUGUUUCCUCCUAACCCCUGGAAUGAAAUCUCAGCUAAUGCUAUCAACCUUAUUGGCAAUCUUCUUCAAGUUAAACUCAGGAAGCGUUACACCGCUGAUAAAUCCUUGGCGCACCCCUGGCUACAGGACUAUCAGACGUGGCUGGAUCUUCGCGAGCUGGAGUCUCAAGUGGGCGAGCGGUACCUGACUCACGAGAGCGACGACGAACGGUGGGAGGAGUACCGCCGAGACCACAUAGAGGGCGCCAACCGCCGCAGCCCGAACCACGAACCGGUCAACGAGUCGCCGAUCCAUCUAAGCCCCGGUCGUCACAUGGAGCGAGUCAGUACGCUGUGAUCGGCAAGCUGUCUUCGUUUCAACUCCGUACAUGAUCUGAAAGAUUUCCUGUCUCGAAUCCUAAUAAACCUGGGCCCAAUUUCAUGGCACUGUGCGCUGGUUAGAACAAAAACCUGGCCUAGCAAGCUUCCAU